GUUGGCGCGAACGUAUUGACGGUGUACGAGACACAAAGCGCGUUUGUAACAUUUUAUCCAACUAUCUAAUGUGCCGAUUGAGGUAGCCAGACGAAUUCAAGAUUUCCUAGUCUGUGCCGUCGAUUCGUUAUAAUGGCCGAUAAGGAAGGUGCUUUUGAUGAUGCGGUGGAGGAAAGGGUGAUAAAUGAGGAAUAUAAGAUCUGGAAGAAGAAUACGCCUUUCCUCUAUGACCUGGUGAUGACCCACGCUCUGGAAUGGCCCAGCCUCACCGCCCAGUGGCUGCCUGAUGUAUCCAGGCCCGAGGGGAAAGAUUUUAGCGUGCACCGCCUGGUUCUGGGCACGCACACGUCAGACGAGCAGAAUCACCUGGUCAUCGCCAGCGUACAGCUGCCCAAUGACGACGCCCAGUUUAAUGUUUCGCACUACGACAGCGAGAAAGGCGAGUUUGGAGGUUUUGGCUCAGUGAGUGGGAAGAUCGAGAUAGAGAUCAAGAUCAACCAUGAAGGAGAGGUGAACCGGGCCAGGUACAUGCCCCAGAACCCCUGCAUCAUCGCAACCAAGACCCCCACCUCAGAUGUACUGGUCUUCGACUACACCAAGCAUCCCUCCAAACCUGACCCUUCAGGAGAGUGUACUCCUGACCUGCGCCUGAGGGGACAUCAGAAGGAGGGCUACGGCCUCUCAUGGAACCCUAACCUCUCUGGAUGUCUCCUUAGUGCUUCAGACGACCAUACUAUCUGUAUGUGGGACAUCAGUGCAGUACCUAAGGAAGGGAAGAUUGUGGAUGCUAAGACCAUCUUCACAGGACAUACUGCUGUAGUGGAGGAUGUAUCCUGGCAUCUCCUCCACGAGUCACUGUUUGGAUCUGUAGCUGAUGACCAGAAACUCAUGAUCUGGGAUACUCGUUCCAACAACACGUCCAAGCCCAGCCAUGCGGUGGACGCCCACACAGCGGAGGUCAACUGUCUCUCUUUCAACCCCUACAGCGAAUUUAUCCUGGCCACCGGCUCUGCAGACAAGACUGUGGCUCUGUGGGACUUGCGUAAUCUCAAACUGAAGCUCCACUCCUUCGAGUCGCACAAAGAUGAGAUCUUCCAGGUCCAGUGGUCGCCCCACAACGAGACCAUCCUGGCGUCCAGUGGUACUGACAGACGACUCAACGUGUGGGACCUCAGCAAAAUAGGAGAGGAGCAGUCUGCGGAGGACGCAGAGGACGGCCCUCCUGAACUACUGUUCAUCCAUGGAGGACACACAGCCAAGAUCUCUGACUUCUCCUGGAACCCCAACGAGCCCUGGGUCAUCUGCUCUGUGUCUGAGGACAACAUCAUGCAAGUCUGGCAGAUGGCUGAGAACAUCUAUAAUGAUGAGGAUCCAGAGGCAGGAGGAGACCAGGAAGUCACUGCCUGAAUGAAACCAAUGUGUAACUCCACCCCCCUUCCCACUCCCAAGUACUCCGCCUUCCUUUUUGUAUUCUGAACCCUUUGGGUGUCCCACCCCAAAAUGUCUGCUUUGUCCUGAAAUGUACGUUCCGUCACCAAUCUAAAAGUAUUGUAUUGGUGGAGGUAUGGGAACUUUCUACCAGAGUUCUUAUACCACUUAAUUCCUUUCAAAUCAGUGAAGGGAAUUGAACGAGUGCACACUUUGAGGAAGGUGAGAUAAUUGGGGACGUAGCCAGAAACUACUAUUCCCUUGACUCAACAGGAGCAAACUCUCUCUCUCUCUCUCUCUCUGCGUUGUAAAAGAGUAAUUUAUUGUCUGAGAAGAAAAAAUCUCUGUCUCCUAGAACUGGUUUUGUACUUUAAUAUAAAGAGUAUUUUUUUAUAAUCCCUCGAUUGGCCUUCCCCCACCUGUGGCGAGACGACAACCAGCUCCUGUCUCUGUCCCAUCGCUUCUUGUGGCUAUUUAUUUCACAACUAUGCCUGCGGUUAAAGAUCUAAGUUAUCCUCUUAAGAAACAAGUAUCUGUACCAACCAUUAUGCAGAAUGUCACAUUUACGUUCAGUAGGGCCCAUGAAGCCAGAUUAUAUAUAUUUUUUAACAUUUUGUUUUUGGUUGGAAGUGUUUAGCUAGUCAAGGUGAUGUUGUAAUGUCUGUUUUUGAUAUUUGUAAUGUCUGUUUUUGAUAUAUGUAAUGUCUGUUCUAUAUCGUGGAGCUCCGCCCCAUAG